GUCUUUCUCGUUUCUCAUGUCAUUGCCAAUCUCAUACUAAGAUGGAGUUUGCUCACUGGACUUUAGCAAUCCUGCUCGCGACAAGUCUUACUCAAGCCUCAUGGAUCCCCACAAGGAACCAGCAACAACGUGCAGAGCGUGACCUCGCCGUAUCUGCCAACGUUGACACCGCCGUCGAAGUCCACCUCUCCGACUUCGCCACGCUAGAGGAACUUGCAGAGGAACUUAUUAUCGAUUUCAGAUGUCUCCUGGACGCUAACCCGCUGCUAUCGACUCUCCAUGCUGGAGACCAUUGCAUUGUUCCCUAUAGCUGCUGCGGCACCAGCUGCAAGGGCAAGUUUUGUAGCAAACGUCCUCAGUGUCACGGUCACUCGACUUCAUCGGCUCCGGUACAGACAACUGGUACGACGACUACUUGUGUCACAACUAUCACUACCAGCAUUCCUACGACACUGUCUACCUCGACCAGCAUUACAGUCGUCCCUCCGGCAAGCAGCAGCACGUCAAUUGUGACUCACACCAACAGUUCGACGGCUACAAUUUCACCCGCCAGUAGCACAGCCGUUGUUCCUCCAGCGAGCAGCAGCAGUGUGCCCCCAGGGUCUUCCUCGACCCCCCCAGGUUCUUCCUCAAUCACACCAGGCUCUUCCACAACUACCCCUGGUUCUUCCACAAUACCUGGAAUUGUUACAACGACCAACUCUCUGGGACAGACUGUAAUCUCCGACAGCUCUGGUGCUGUUACACUGACAACUGGUAUAUCUACUGCCAGCGUUGUCACCUUGCCCGAUGGUUCUAUUGUUACCUUUCAGCCAUCUACUACUACUCCUGGGUCUUCGUCCCCGCCCGCAACCGUCCCCGGCGUCGUCACUACGACCAAUUCUCUCGGACAGACCGUAAUCUCCGACAGCUCAGGAGCCGUUACCCUUUCUACAGGUAUCUCUACUGCUAGCGUUGUUACCUUGCCUGAUGGUUCUGUUGUUACCUUUCAACCAUCUACUACUGCUACUGGGUCUUCGUCCCCGCCCACAACUAUCUCCGGCGUCGUUACCACGACAAACUCUCUCGGACAAACAGUAAUUUCGGAUAGUUCAGGAGCCGUUACACUUCCUACUGGUAUCUCUACUGCCAGCGUUGUCACCUUGCCGGAUAGCUCUAUCGUUACCUUCCAACCUACCACUCAAGCAACGAGCUCAUCAAGCUUGCCUGGCAUUCUCACUACAACAGAUCCUGCAGGAGAGACCGUGAUAUCAAGCUCCGGCGAGCAGUUUACAAUCCCUACGGCGGCCACUACACCAAUUACUCUUACCAAUGGUAAUGGCUCUAUUUUUACAUUUUCGCCAACCGUCUCACCCCCACCAGGCAGCUCGAGCCCAACUUCAUCAUCAGGCCCUCCUGGAGUUAUUACCACAACGGAUCCCGCUGGUGAGACAGUAAUUUCAAGCUCCGGAGAGGGAUUUACAAUCCCUACGGCGGUCACUACACCAAUUACUCUUACCAACGGUGAUGGCUCUGUUUUUACAUUUUCCCCAACAUUCUCACCCCCACCAGGCAGCUCAAGCCCAACUUCAUUAUCAGGCCCUCCUGGGAUUAUCACCACAACGGAUCCUGCCGGUGAGACCGUGAUUUCAAGCUCCGGAGAGGGAUUUACAAUCCCUACAGCGGUCACUACACCAAUCACCGUUACAAAUGGAGAAGGAUCUGUGUUCACUUUCUCCCCAACAGGUCCGCCGAGCUCGAGCAGCACAUCUUCAUCGACAAUACCGAUCGGUGGAAUCUUUCCCGUUACCACUUCCGUGCCGGCACCUAAGGCGACCGAUGGUGGGACUGAAAUACCUUGCAACCUCUGGUUCUUCGACUUGUGCAUUCAGUUUGGGGAUAUUAGCAUCGGCGGCUGGGAAUUCAACCUGCCGACUGGUGUUCGCCCUCCUGGUCCGCCACCAGGGAUUACCUUCCCCCCAUCGCUUUCCAUCUCGGUCAGCAUCAGCGGCACACUACCUCCCUGGCCAUCGGUUACUAUCGGUCCCGAUAAUUUACCAACAUAUGAGCCAAAGCCAACCGAUGGACCUGAUGAUGGUUGCAAGACUGAGUCGGCUGAGGUUUGCUUGACUAGUACAUCAUUCGGCGUCGACACUGCUACUGUUACCACCACCUCCUCGGUGCUUUCAACGUGUGCCACUAUAUUCGGUUGUGAUGUUACAGACAGCGCAAGCUCGACCGCGACUACUUCAACUGCAUCAAGCUCAGACUACCCAUACUCUUGCACCCUUGGUUGUACGGCUUGCGUAGCUAAGCGAGGACUCACAACUGCUACAGCAGCGCCUCCCCUGCCAACGACGGACACAAAGAAGGCAAAGGACCUGUUUUCCUAUGCCCGAAACUUGACUUUGGCCGAGCGUGAUAUUCCAAGUGAAGCAAACGCUGAUGGUAUUGCUGAAUUCUAUUCCGAGGUCGCUGGCGCGUCGGAUACGACUGUGGUCUCAGAAGACAACGUGGGCCAGACGGAAAUCUCGAGUUCUCGGUUUAAAUACUUUGACAACUCCGAGCUAAAUAUCUUGGUCGAAGGCUUGAGAGGCUGCACUUCCGUCGUGGUGGUGUCCCGGCUUGGUGUAUAUGUCAGCCACCUCUGGGAACCAUACUUUGGCGUGAGUCCCAGUUACAAUUUCCAGACGGGUGUAGUCAAUUACCUAAACACUGGUCGUGACAGUGGUCUUACCGGCGGUGUAACUGAGAACGGCGUUACUGAGUCACUUACAGUUCUCGUACAGGGCGGUGUGUUCGGUGACACUGCGACCACGAAGAUUUUCAUUAUGACACCAGCGACCCUCGAUCUUGAUCUUACUGCGGGCGUUUCCAGCGCCGAUCAGCGCGCCAGUCUUACGAACGGAGACUUCCAACCUCUCUUCGAUGGUUCAACUACGAUUCCACAGGGCGUUACGCUUCCAGAUAGACUCACCCCAAUCAAAACACAAUUGGGACAACUAAUGCCCGGUGUGCCAAUUUCGCAAUUCACCUACAGGAGGCAGACCAACGAUAGAUUUCUGAGCUCGGAUGGCUACGGCAAAGCAACCGUCGUAUACAGCAACAAUCAAAAGGAAGACCCGAAUACAUUCGAACCAAUCGGCCCUCCUCAGCAGGCUAUUUGGCAGUGCUGGAUGCAGGGCAAAUUGAUGGGUUCUGACCAAUGGGACGCUUUACCAGGUCAAACUGGCUCAUGUCCCGCCAACCAAAAGCGCCAAGCUGGUAGUCUUUGUAGCUCUCCAACGACAUCCCCUGGCACACCGACAUCAGUACCUCCGACCACAUCAAUCUCAUCGACAUCGGUUCCUCCGAGCUCAUCGAUCCCGGCAUCCACCCCGAGUACCGUAACAAUUACACCUACACCAAGCGGGAGUUCAUCGCCCCCAUUGAGUAACCUGCCGACGCUUACCACUGCUCAAAGUACACCAGCCGGUGAAACCUGUGUAUCGACCGCUACUUCGACUCAGUGCGCUCUCGGACCUAACCCAAGUGAAACGGCUUGCGUUACAAAUACAUAUUGUGCAUCCUUUGCUCCUACAGCAGUCACAACAAGCUCGACUGCUGCACCCACGCCUACGGGUCAGGUGUAUAUCGAUAUAUAUACUGAUUCCGAUUGCAUCAACGUCCUCGAGCAAACUAUCCUAAAUGCAAUAGGCCAAUGUUACAGCCCUACAGACUCGAAGGGCAACCCAAUAACAUUCGCUUGCUUUGCACUCACCUACAUCAGUACGGCAGCUUCCAACUCAGCUGAUCUGAUUGCCUACAAGGAUGGUGGCUGCUUCGCUCAAUUUGAUACUGAUUCACAAACAUAUCCUAACUUGACCUCCAUCCAAUAUCAGAACGAAAAACCAUUCACAUUGGGGUCUCUAAGCCUGGGUUCGGCUGGCAAGUAGCUUUCGAGAUCAGAAGCUAUAGUGGAACACACCAUAUAGGGGAAAUGGCUCGAAUUGUAACUUAUACGAGUGAUGAAUUUGGCAUCUACUUUCCCGCAUUCAUGAUGGAACGGAUACUGGAUACACGGAUAUCGUGGCGUUGCUUUAUUCAUACUGUCGCUUCCGGAAAUGUCGUAGUUUACAAUCUCUAGUCUGAAUUAUAGACUUUUAUAUCAAACAUUACCUGUCUUCAAGAUGUGAGUCUCGUAUAGGUCUUCUACCAUCACUCAACCAUUCCUCCCAAAAGAAGCUCCCUCUCACACCAACGCCAUUCAGCGACUAUGGAAUCCACCAGUAUCCUCACCAGCACCAACAGAAAUCUCACUAAACCCCACCACAACCUGCUCCUUCUCCUCCAACCCCAGAACAGAACCCCCAAAAACAGAACUCUCACCAAACCCCACCACAACCCCCAAAAUAUAACCUCCAAACAAUCGACUACAAAUCC